GUCCUUGUUUAUAUAAAGAAAAAUAAAAAACAGGAUCGAAACUAGGUCAAUGAAGUUACUUUCUCUGAAAGAAAGGAAAAAUAACGAAGAGUAGAUGAUUUAAGGUGUAACGGGUAUUUAAAUAUGUGAAAAGAAGGCAUGCUAAACACGUGGCCGGCUGAGUAGUUAAUAGUGACAGUCGUUAUGAAAAGUGAUGGAUAUUUAACAUAAUGGAUAUUUUAGAACGCUUACCUUGUUUGGAACUGUUCUGAAAGUAACACGUAUUUUUUACGAAAUAGUUAUUAAAUAACAGUCGAAAUUUAAAUCGUUCAGAAUCAUUAGUUUUAUAACUUUUGUAUGUUCUUACAUAUUGUAGCACUAGGCAGGUCAUACAAAAAUGGACAAAUCGUGGCGUGUUGUUGUUAUUUACAGAAUGAAUAACUCGAAACAAAUAAUCAGUAGGACAGAUAAUUCAUUCUGUGAAGUAGGGGCAGUAAUUUACAGCUUGCAACAGAAUUGUUAAUAUGGAAGAGGAAUGUUGAAACAGCUGAUUACUCACUGGAAGGCUCAUCGGAAGAAGCCAACUCUUUUACCCGAAGAGACUGAGGUGCACUUUGAAGAAACAUCAACAGUCAAUCCAAUCUUCGAGGAUAACGAAUCUGCCACAACAUCUGAAGCACUGGGACAGCUCUCAGCUGUUAUCGACUCCUUCGCUUCAGAUCUAGAAUCACACGACAGUGUUGCCACAAAUGGAAACCUUAUAGACAUAAGCACCGAAGAUUUUCCCCAAGGGUUUUCAAAACCAAAUAAUAAGGAAGAGAGUGUUGAUACCGAAGUAAAGCAAUCAGAUGUAGUUCCCGACUCUAAUGUUAAGAACGAUGUAGGCAAACUUAUAUCUGAACGAACUAAAGGAAAUAAUUCCUAUUUGCAUAGCAAAGCAGUCUCAAAUCUUACCCGGGUAGUAAAAUUUGAUACAAAAGUAUUACAGGAUCCACUUGAAUCAUUAGAAAAAUCCAGUAGUGAAGGAAAAACUGAUUCAACAAAGGAACAAGGUGAAGAACAACUAGAUAUUGAAGUAAUCAAUAGCGUUGAUGAAUUGCCAUCAGACAUGAUUAUCAAAGUACCAGAACCACCUGUUAUUACACCAUCAUCUAAACUGAAUGUACCUAAACCAUCCAGUUCAGUGGAAAAAGUGGAGAGAUCAGUAGAUAAAUUACCUGUCAUUGCUGAAUUGAUAAAAAAGUUUCAGAGUUCGUCAGAAAAUAUUGAGCAAAAUGCUCAGAAUCCGCUAAUCUUGAACGAGAAGAAAAUUGAUAUUAAAAAAGUUGUAAAUGCUAGUAAAACUGAGGCAUUUAAGCCAGAAAAAGAAGCACUUUCUAAAAUAUUUAAUUUCCCACCUCCCCCUCCUAUAGAACCUGUGAAAACUGUAGUAAACACAUCAGUUCCUUUAAAGCCAAACAAAAGUUUCUUGGCAUCAGUAACAGAUGCGGCGAAAAAUUCUGGUCCCUUCAAACACGCACAGACCAGAUCUGAUUCAAGUCUUGAUCGUAAUAAAACAGUGUCCUCAGAAAUAAGUAAUGUAGAAAAAUCAGGCAUAAAAAAGGAAAUUAUUCCCGUCCGAAAACCUGAAGAAAAAGCUGAAAGUAAAUCACAGAACAAUGAAUCGGUUGUGCUAUCGAGGUUACCAAAUGAAUCAUUUGUUAAUACAGCUCAAACUUCUCAAAAAUUGACACGUGCUGAGUCAACACCAAAAGAAAAAAAUAUUUUAGAAGAUAUAAUUGAAAACAAGUCAGAUAACGACUCUGUUGCGAUUUCAAAAUUGACAAAUGAAUCACUAGCUACUAAAAUAGUUCAAAAAGUUACUCGCUCUGAUUCAACAUCGAAAGAGAAAAAGAAUUUAGAAAAUAUAAUUGCGGUAAAACAAAUUAAAACUGAAAAACAAUUUGAUGAUGUUCUUCCUAGUACAUCCUCACAGCAUUCAACUUCAGUCAAGCAGCAGUCCUCCGCAAUCACACAGCAGUCAUCUGCAACCCCGCAGCAGUCAGCACAGCUACCAAAACGAUUCCCUAGUUAUCGUAAAGAAAGUGGUGCACCUAAAUCUAGUCCGACGCCAAAUGAGACGCCAAUCGGCUUUGGCAAGAAACCUCAGGAAGCGGUUGCGUCUCAGAUGGAAGCCAAAUCAGCCAAAUCCCAUUCUGAAGACAGUGGGAUAACUCGUGGCGAUCAAAUAUCUUCCGAAGCCACUCAAGAAAACAAUCCCGAAUCUCAGCCACACAGCGAUAAAGAAUCAUUGCCCUCCAACUCCACCAAAAAAAGUAAGAGGGAAAGAAAGAUUUCGCACCAUCGAACUAGAGGUUGCAAACACUGCAGACGGUCGUUCGCUGGUGACAUACCUCUGAAGCGUGGAAAAUGUGAUGACUAUUACGAUAAUUUUAUAGGUGCGCAAAGGAAUCGUGGAAGAAAGCAUUCGGAGAGCUGGGGAUCUGAUUUGUCUUGGGAGGAAAGAGAACUUAUUCGUAAACUUCGCAGUCGAAGAACGACUUUACGUUCUGAUACCCCUUCAGUCAGAUCAGGUCAUUCUCAACGCAAUAAACCUGAAAGUGGUUACCUCCAGAGACCACAUGCUCUACGCCGUUCCUCGUCAGAUGAGGGUUCUUUGUUCGGGGCACCCAUGUGUUCUUGUGACGAGUGUUGGCUGCAUCUAGUAAAAUAUUAUGCUUACGGUAGGUCAUCACUAAGAGGAUAUUCACACAGAGAGGAUUUGUGUACGUGUCGAACAAGGCACCCCGACUUAAUCAGUCGAAAAGUGAAAUUUCAGUCCGAUACCAUUCCUGAAGUUUCAUCGUCAGAGAGAACACUGACAACAACUCCCACUAUUCCCGAAGAAAGUGAGAAAAAAGAGGACACAACUACCAACAGCGAUGAAAAGAAAACUGAAAAAAGCGUCGGGAAAAGUGGAAAAAGCAAAGGAAGACCUCUUGACACUAAAGUUUUGAAAGAAAAAUAUCGGCUCAUGACUCCAUGGGAAAUGGAGGAAUGGGAUAUAGCUAUGAGGAAGCAACUCUUAAUGGAACGUCGGAAGCGGGCUAGAAACAUGGGACUCAUGGCGCUUGCAAUGGUCAUUUUAAUUGGUUUAAUAGUCACUGGCGUGAUGAUUUACUUGAGAAGAAAAACGAUCUAGUCAAGAUUGCCUGAUUUUCAAGUCAAAGGUUGCCACGGAAAAAAGAAAAAAUGAGCAAAUCAACAGCUGCCAUUUGCUCAGUACAUGAAUAAAAGUCACCGUGACUCAUACGCAGUGUAAUCAGGGAGCUCAGAGAAGGAAAAUCAAAGUAAUGACAUAUAAACGCAAGCAGUUUUGUCACUCGAUGCCUUUACAUGAAAGUAAGGCGAGUCACUUUUGCGUUGACGCAGUGCUGUUUUAAGGAUUAUUUAUUUCAACUUACUACAAAAAGUGUGUAAGUCACAGUGCUGUAAUGUGACAUUGAUUUGCAUAUUCUGGUUACUGAAAUAUGUCGAUACAUUUGUUACUACGUAUUAACAUGAACUGAGCAAGGAAUUUUGGCCUCAUUUUAAAACGUGAUUUAUUUCUGUGCCCCGAUAAAUUUCUGUAUGCAACAAUAUAUAUUUUGAUAAAUUUGUCACUAUACGUUAACAUGAACUGUUCCAAAUUUUUUUUCAGCAUUUUAAAAUGGGAUUUACUUUGGUACCCUGAUAAAUUUCUGUAUGCAACAAUUUAUUUUCUGAUAAAUUUGUCACUACGUGCUAACAUGAACUGUGCCAAAAAAUUUUCCAGCAUUUUAAAAUGGGAUUUAUUUUGGUAUCCUGAUAAAUUUCUGUAUGCAACAAUAUAUUCUCUGAUAAGUUUGUUACGAAGUGCUAACAUGAACCAUGCCAGGAUUUUUUGCCCUCAUUUUAACACGGGAAUUAUUUCUGCGUCCUGAUAAAUUUCUGUAAGCAACAAUAUUUUCUGAAAAAUCCCUUCCAUGUUAAACUCUAAUAUUUGAAGAGAGCGCCUUGAAUCAUAUCACGGUUUAAAUUUGCUACAACCUUAAUAAGGUGUUAAAUUUAUCUAUGUAUUCAUUUAAAAUGAAUAAUAUAUUGAUUAUUCAAGUUUGUGAAGUACAAUAUGGUUACUGCAGAAGAUUCGAGCCAUGUUAAAGACUCAACGCGCUGCAAAACUUUAAGAAACGUGUCUAUUAUUAUUCAUUCAUGAAAAAAUAAUUUUAAAAAAAUAGUAUAGUUAUCUCGGUUUACGAUUAUUUAAACCAGUUUCAAUAAUCGUAAUAGAUCCAGUCAGAAAAUAGCUUUCUUUUGUCUAACCUGUGUCUUCACUACCAUUUUUGAACCAUUACCGAUGAAGGUUUUGUAAACCUUUUGCAAAUGAUAACGUAUUAAAAUUAUUAGAAGUGAGCCAUAUCUAUUCAACUAUAAUUUUGUUUAAAUAUCAAACAAAAUCCCAAUGUGUGAGGGAUUAAAAAAUCGUAAUUUACUCUAAAACUAACUACUAUCGCUCUUCUGCUACAUAUUAUAUUUCUUUGUCUUUAUAACCAGCCCAUGGGACCUACUGAAUUUACUGAUAUGGCUCUCGGAAGCAAAAAGGUGAAGAAGAACCUAUUUGAAAUGAUUAUAAAUGAUUUAUGAGAUAUGUUUUGGCCAGUUAAUUACAAUGUAUAAAUAUAAAUGAAUCUCCAUGAUACUGUUGUAAAUACAUAAUGACACGAUAUUGAAUAUUGUAAACUCUUUGAAGUAUUUAUAUUUUAAAAGCUGUGAAAAACAAAUGAGAUUAUAUUUUUAUUAAUGAAAAUAUUUUGUGAU